GAAACUUUGAGGUGGCGUUCGAUCCCCUUGAUAUCUUUCCACUCAUCUCCGGCGGCCGCAUCGGAGGAGAGAGGGCGAGCGCGAGAUGGAGAGUUACAGUUGCAGAGACCCUAAUGGCAUUCCGAACCCGAAAGAAGAAGAAAACCCAAAAUUUUCGAAUUCCAAGCCAAAAGUAGUAGUGAUAAUGGGAGCAACAGGUUCUGGAAAAUCUCGUCUCGCCAUUGACCUAGCUUCACAAUUCCCUAUCGAAAUCAUUAACGCCGAUUCCAUGCAGGUGUACGAAGGAUUGGAUGUUCUCACUAAUAAAGUCCCGAUUCACGAUCAGAAAGGAGUGCCACACCAUCUCUUGGGUACAAUCAGCCCUAUGGUCGAGUUCACUGCAAAGGAUUUUAGGGAUUCUGCAAUUUCCCUUAUCAACGCCAUAACAUCCAGGAAUCAUUUGCCAGUCAUUGUUGGAGGCACAAAUUACUAUAUUCAGGCACUUGUGAGUCGAUUUCUUUUUAGAUGA